UCCUCUUCCUCCUCAUUUUGACACACAGCACGCAGGAGCAGAUUCGGCAGUCGGUACCACAACUUUUUUGGGUCACGGCAAAAAUCAACCCCCCCAAAAAAACUAUCAAGCCUGGUCGAUUACAACUUCAUGCUUUUCUUCCUAUUCUAGUUCUUUUUUUUUUGCAAGAGGACUUUUUUUUUUUAACUGAGUUAAUUUUAUUCCUGACACCUGUUGAUCGGAGCGCAGCAGUUCGGGCUCGUAUAAAUCUUGACGUUGGACUUCUAAGGACUUCAGGAACUCUCCCUCAGCGGAGACUCGUUCUAAUCACUUCUGCUGGUCAUAAAUGGACUGUUGUGCACUGGAAAAAAAGAGGACUUUAAGGCGAUACCUGCCAAAAUAAAGGCACGGCAGUACGUGGGUUUCUGCCUCGCAGUUUCAACACUUUUUUUUGUUUGCACCUUUCACAAACUUCUUGGAGGUCACCAAAAGGAUUCGGGCACACAAGCGCAGCACUUUCCCCGGUAGCGGGCGGCGGCGAAUCAUGGACCGCAAAGGGGUCGGGGUUCGGCACUUGUUCCUGCUGCUGGUCGCCCUCCUCGCCGGAACCUCGCAGUUGUUAGUGGUGGACGCCAAUUCGUGGUGGUCAAUGGCGCUGACCCCCAUCCAGAGGCCCGAGAUGUACAUCAUCGGUGCUCAGCCGUUGUGCACUCAGCUGUCCGGCCUCUCCCAGGGUCAGAGGAAGCUGUGCCAGCUCUACCAAGACCACAUGAUGUACAUCGGAGACGGAGCCAAGACGGGCAUCAAGGAGUGCCAGUAUCAGUUUCGACAGAGGAGGUGGAACUGCAGCACAGUGGACAACACGUCCGUUUUUGGACGCGUCAUGCAAAUCGGCUCCAGGGAAACAGCGUUCACCUACGCCAUCAGCGCCGCCGGCGUGGUCAACGCCAUCAGCCGGGCGUGCCGCGAGGGCGAGCUGUCCACCUGCGGCUGCAGCCGGGCGGCGCGACCCCGCGACCUGCCCCGCGACUGGCUGUGGGGAGGCUGCGGCGACAACGUCCACUACGGCUACCGCUUCGCCCGCGAGUUCGUGGACGCCCGCGAACGCGAGAAGAACUUCCCCCGCGGCUCGGCCGAGCACUCGCGUACCCUGAUGAACCUGCAGAAUAACGAGGCGGGACGACAGGCGGUGUACAACCUGGCCAACGUGGCCUGCAAGUGUCACGGCGUGUCGGGUUCGUGCAGUCUGAAGACGUGUUGGCUCCAGCUGGCCGACUUCCGGCGCGUUGGCGAGUUCCUCAAGGAGAAAUACGACAGCGCCGCCGCCAUGCGCAUCGGACGCAGGGGCAAACUAGAGCAAGUGGACAAGCGUUUCAACCCCCCGACCCCGGAGGACCUGGUCUACAUCGACCCCAGCCCGGAUUACUGCCUCCACAACGAAACCACGGGCUCGCUGGGCACUCAUGGCCGCCUGUGCAACAAAACGUCGGAGGGCAUGGACGGCUGCGAACUGAUGUGCUGCGGCCGCGGCUACGACCAGUUCAAGAUGUACAAGCACGAGCGCUGCCACUGCAAGUUCCACUGGUGCUGCUACGUCAAGUGCAAGCGCUGCACCUCGCUGGUCGACCAGUUUGUUUGUAAAUAACGGCGGGUGUGGCGUGGGGUGGGGUGGGGAAGUGGUUAGGGGUUCGGGAAUCAGCCGUUUGGAGUCAUUUCCUAUUUGGGCUCUUCCUGCUUUGGGAAACCCAACCCCCACCGACCCCUGGCGGAACAACUGGAUCCAAAAUAGGGACACGGGUGACUCCGAUGAAUAAAAUAUAUCACGAAAUAAUAAGUAGACUGUUUAAAAGAGACACUUUGGAUCAUCUCCUUUGAUUCUGGCCCGCAGGAGUGAACGUGCUGACUCGCCGCGGGUUCUCGAAUGCUACGAGACCAAAGGAAUGGCUCGGCGAGGAUCGGAGGGGAGCCAUUCUUCAAGGCACACUUAGGCGUAGAAAUACUGUAACGAAAACGGGGACACUCCAUUAAACACGCCAUUUGUCUACGCGCAACCCCCCCGGCAGAGAUGCUAGCUGCCAGCGACCCGACGAGUCCGGCGAGCGACGGCGGUUAACGAGGUUUUCGUCCCCCCGCCUGCCGCCAUCUUUGCCUCAGCCCGGGCGCGACCUUCACGGGCGGGAGGAAAAGGCGCGAGGGUUGGGGUGGGGGCGGGGGGGUUUACGAAGCUCCAUUAGCGAAGAUUGAUGACGCCGCGGCGAAAGAUACUCGCCUACCCCCGACGCCCGUGAAUGCUAACGAGCAGUCUUGUUUUUGGGGUCCGUCGCCAUCUCGCUUCCCCAAAUUGAUCCUGCUUGACUUUGAUGGAAAAUAAUUGGUAGAUAUGAAGAAUUCAAUCUGAUGAUGAUAAGAGACCGUGGGGAGUGGGCGGGGGGGGGGGGGGGGGGGGUUGAACGUCUGUGUGUGGCAAAAAAAAAAAAAACGAACAGAA